AUGCCCUUGGGCCGUAAGUAUGAAGAUCUGCCGUCGCCGACGAUGUCCAACAACGAGCGCUCUGCUGUCCGGAAUGGGAUUCGCGACUUCUCCAUGCAGUGGUCCCUGAUUCCACAGGUAAUGCCCAUUGUCGCAAAUAUCCUCCACGGUGGACCAUGGAGGGAAAUUAUCUAUGUCCUCUUGUGGAUAACCUUCGGGGUGGCUGACACCAACGUCAUCGUUCUCCCCUUUGUCUUCAUCAAAGUGUACCCGUCUGGCGGGCCUCAUGUAUACCCGGCCACGCAGCCUCUCCUCAUCGCGGCGCUGACCGCAGCGGCGAGCGGAGGAACGACCCGCAACUCCGCCACACCGCGCAUCGAGCAGCAGGCCCCCGUCAUCAUAAAGGCCUUCCAGGACGUGAUCCUCUGCGGCUCGUGGAGGCAAUCUUCCUUCUUCUUGCAAAUGCUCAACCAAGUGGUCGCCAAAGGCAGCUCCGCGCAGUAUGCUAUUGGCAUCUUUCUCACUGUGGAUGCUUCCGGGCCCGUGGACCUCACUACGUGGUGGCUCAGCACGUUUUAG